AUGGACCCUCUUGUGGCCGCAGAGCUGAAGAAGCUCGACGACGGCGUGGCUUUCCGUGCCCGGCCGCAGCAUAUCCACCAUACUUGGGCGCGCACAUUUUCGUCCCUCCCAGAGUUAUUUAUCCAGCCCGAGUCACUCGCUGAGGUCGAAAAGGUUGUAAACCUGGCGCGGAGAUGUCGUCGGCGCCUGGUAACUACUGGAUGUGGCCACUCACCCUCCAACAUCACGUGCACAUCCAGCUGGCUCAUCAAUCUGGACAACCUCAACCGGAUCAUCUCGGUGAAUAAAGACACAGGUGUCGUUGUCAUGGAGGGUGGAAUCAGAUUGUAUGCUCUAUGCGAGGGCCUCGAGAAAUACGGGCUCACGAUGCCCAAUCUUGGAAGUAUCAAUGAGCAGUCUAUCAGUGGCGCUAUUUCUACGGGUACUCAUGGAAGCAGUCUGCGCCAUGGACUUGUGUCCGAAGACAUAAUUGCUCUCAAGGUCACAUUAGCGAACGGAAAAACCGUCUUCUGUUCCAAAGACACGAAACCGGACCUCUUCAAGGCUGCUCUACUUUCUCUUGGCGCCGUUGGUAUCAUCACAGAGGUUACGUUCCAGGCUGUGCCAUCUUUCACCCUGAAGUGGGAGCAGAGCGUUGAUACCGACUACAGCAUGUUUGAAUCGUGGAACCGCAAUCUCUGGACACAAAGUGAAUUUGUCAGGGUAUGGUGGUUCCCGUAUACCAGACGUGCUGUGGUCUGGCAAGCGGAGAAGACAGACGAGGAGCUCCGUGACCCUCCUAAGAGUGGCUACGAUGGCUCGAUCGGCUACUAUGUUUAUCACAACCUCCUCUAUAUAGGCCAAUAUGUCCCCAGAAUUCUGCCCUGGGUUGAGUGGUUUGUUUUCGGUAUGCAGUAUGGCUUCCGCAAUGGAACCACCUCAUCAGCCGUUCAACCCAGCCGCCAAGCCCUACUCAUGAACUGCCUCUAUUCUCAGUUUGUCAACGAGUGGGCUAUCCCGCUCCAAAAGGGUCCCGAGGCCCUCAGACGAUUAAGCUCAUGGCUAAAUCACUUGACACCUGAAGAUCCUGAUUACGUUCCUCACAAUAUCCCUUUCUCCGCCGACGGUCUCUAUGUACAUGCACCUGUCGAGGUGCGUGUAAGCGACACCACACUCACGUCCAACGUACGACCAUAUCUCGACAUCACCGUCGACGAUGGACCAACUCUGUACCUCAACGCCACACUUUAUCGACCUUACCUGAUGGAUCCGCCCUGCCAUGCACGCUACUACGAGGCUUUCGAGUGGCUGAUGAAAGAUCUCGGAGGUCGACCCCACUGGGCCAAGAACUUCGAGACACAGCGCUCUGAGAUCGAAGCGUUUUACGGCAAGGAGCUUCAUGCUUUCCGGACGGUACGGAAUGAUGCUGACCCUGAGGGCAUGUUUGUUGGACCUUGGCAUCGGGAAAGAAUCAUGGAAGAUGGCGAGGGCCUCGAGCUGGAGGAGGUUGAAGUUCGCAGGGAAAAGAACCGCCUAGGAGGCGUGACGACAUUUGGAGUCAUUUGA